UUCCUUUUGAAAAGUUGCCGCUCUUGACUCGACCAUAUUCACUAUAAAAACGCAUCAUUCUUUAAGCCCUAUUGAUUUGUCACUACUCAAACCACCUAAUUCAACAUUUCAUAACUCAACAAAACCAAAUCAUUAUCAUCAUCCAUGGUUUCUCUUGCUCCCUCUACGCCGCUACCAACAACCGCCGAUCAAGAUGAAACCUUCUCCGCCCUCAAUCAUGACAUCCUCCAAACUCAUAUCCUCACCCGCCUCGACGGCCCUACCUUGGCUUCUGUCUCCUGCGCUUCCUCCGACUUACACAGCCUCUCCUCAGAGGAUAAACUCUGGCAAAAUAUUUGCACAUCUACUUGGCCAUCCGUCAACGACCCCCUCAUCAGCACCCUUAUAUCUACGUUCCCGUCGGGUCACCGGUCGUUUUUCUCGGACUCGUAUCCUCUCCUCCAUCACCAACGCCCAAGCUGCACCAAUCUUGAAGCUUUAUUUCCGACAGUAACAACAACAGAAUUGGUUUCAGCGGUUGAUAUUUAUUACCAAAACGUUCCAAUCUUUUCCAAAGUUGAAAAGACUGAAGCAGUAACGGGAUGGUUCUUGAAUUCUCCGUUCAGGGUGGACUUACUAGAGCCGAAGGAGUUUGUGCCGACACGGAUACAACAGGUAGGCGGAGAAGAUUCUUGGCUGAAGCAACUUGAAGAGAAUCUGACGUUAAGCUGGAUAUUAAUCGACCCGAAAGAUAAAAGAGCGGUGAACAUGUCAAGCAAUAGGGCAGUGUCAGUGCAGAGACACUGGUUGACAGGGGAAGUGCAGGUGAAAUUCGCGACAAUCUUGGGCGGAGAGAGAGGAGGAGGGGGAGAGAAAGCGGAAGUGGGGUGUGAAGUGGUGGUGACUUGCGGAGGGAAAGAAGGAGGGGAGGUUCAGGUGAGAGACGUGAGUAUGGGGAUGGAGGAUAUGGAGGGAAAGGCAUUGAUGGGGAAAGAAAGUUUGGUGAUAUUAAAGGAAGCCAUGGAAAAGGGAGAGAGGAAGAAAUUAGUUGCAGGGAAGGGAAUGAAAGAAAAGUACGGAGAGUUUGUGGAGAGGAGAAGAGAAAGGAAGGAGACGAAGGAGAGAAGAGAGAAUGUUUUGGAUUGGAUUUGCAUCGGCGCUGGUGUCACAUGUUUCGUCGCCUUUUGGUCCUUCGUCCUCUUCCGGUGACACAUAUACAUGCAAUGCAAUAAGGAGUAUAAAGAAAGAAUUCAUUUUUUUAUUCAUACAUAUAUACUUACUUGUUUCUACACAAAACAACUCAACUCAUGAUCAUCUAUUCAUUCAUUCACAACAACAUUUUGUCACUUGCAAUAAAACAUAUAUAAUGGUUUGCUCA